AUACCGGAAGCAAUUGUAAACAAACAGCAAGGAAGAGCAACUUUCGUCAUGAAAGCAGUAAAUGUUCGACAUUAGUCGAAUAGCGAAGAAGUACAACAGCGACCUAUUUACGGGGAUGAACAUGGAAGACGAAGAGCGGCUAACGUUAACGUUACAGGUCGGAGGGAACCCGGACUGGAUGUCACGUCUGCCCGAGCGCCUGCUGGAUGUCCCGCUGUGGAACCUGGCCAUACCCGGGAGCCACGACAGCAUGUCUUUCUGUCUGGAUGUGUCCUCUCCGGUCCUGAGAUCACAGCCCUGUCUCCUCCGGGUCAUCGACCGGCUGUUCCCCUGCUGGACCCGACCCUGUGUCUACCGCUGGGCCACCACACAGCAAUCGGUCCUCAGCGAUCAGUGUGAUCUCGGUAUCCGUUUCUUGGACCUGCGGAUCGCCAGGAAGCCAGCAGGAGGCAGCAAAUUAUUCUUCGCCCACGGCAUCUACACACUCAUAUCCGUGAAGGAGGCUCUGGAUGAACUGGCUACCUGGUUGGACGCUCAUCCGAAAGAGAUCGUAGUCAUUUCCUGCUCGCAUUUCGAAUCGCUGACCGACGAAGAUCACUUCCACCUCACCGACUACAUCAUCACGCUGUUCGGGAAGAAACUCUGCUCCUCACAGGACAUUCCCACUCUGCGUUCCUGUUGGUCCAGAGGCCAGCAGGUCAUUGUUUCCUAUGGCAACCAGCAGAUGGUGCUGCAGCACCCCGAGCUGUGGACUGGAAUACCUUACUGGUAUGCUGACAGCGCAGAUCCUAAGAAGGUGAUUGCCUACUUGGAGGACCAGCAGCACAGAGGAAGACCAGCUGGUUUUUACGUCAGCGGUCUGAACCUGACCGAAGACGCUGCGUACGUCCUCCUUCAUCCCCUGCAGGACAUGAGGAAGAUGACGACGAGGGCUCUGUCCCUUCUUCUUCGCUGGGCGGGCGAGCAGCGGCCGGGACGGCAGGCGGGCGGGGUCAACAUCCUCUGCUGCGACUUUGUGGACAUCAGUCCAUUCUGCUCGCUCGUGAUCGGCCUAAACCACAAACUGCUGGCGGCGACGCCUCCAGUCUGCAGUAUGCCGCCGCGAGCCUCUCGCUCGCAUGUCAUUGGCUGUUGUCAUAGCAAACCGACUGGAGAUCAAGCAUGGGAAAACACAUCGAACUCCGAUUCUCCAAGACCAGCCAGCUAUCAGCCAUGUCACUGUCCCCAAAACAAGAUGACGACUUCCAUGUGUAACGUCACUGUCGGCCGCAGCCUGAAGCGGUGACCUGAACAGCGAACGGGACGUGAGAUAACGUUAUUCCCUGUGAACAAGAUUGGCGUUGUCGGCUUAGGACGGUUGAGAACAGCGGCACGGAGGACUCCGUGGGCCUGGAGGACUCCGUGGGCCUGGAGUCUUUCAAACCAGGAGAUCAACGAUCAGCCGGCCUCUAUACCUCCAUUAUAAAAACAUUUUCAGAGAGGAGGGGUCAGGACCGCGGAGGACUCCAAGCUGUUUUUCCACUCCGUAAAACGAACAGGAAGAGAUUUCUGGCGGCACGGGUAAGAUCCAUACACUGAUUCAAUUGGAUUGUAAAAUCAAUAUUUUGGACAGAUAUUCCAAAAAAUGACAUGCAAAAA